UUUGAACAGUUUCACGAUGAUUCAGGGGUGGGGUACGGGUUUCCGUUGAACUUACUUUCUGCCACGUUGGGAUUGACAACGUAUUUCCACCGCCGAUUUCACCAAGCACAGCUCGUGGACGCAACAUUCUGUUUUCUUUCCUCCUUUCUGUUUUUCAGCAGCUUUGUGAGCGACAUAUUGUUCCAGUCACAAGGUGUUCAGUAGCACAGUCUUCAGUCUUAACAAUGGGCGGAGCCAGAGAUCCAGAUGCUGACUUUCAGUAUGAUUAUGAACUGAUAAGAAGAGGAGGGUUGAUAUUUGCAGCUGUACUCUUUGUCCUGGGCAUUGCCAUCAUCUUCAGUAAAAAGCUCAGCUGUGGCAAAAAGGCAGCAAAGUUACCUGCCAAAGAAGGAGACAUUUGAUAUUUGGUGAAGAUAACAUGGAGGAAUUCACAGAAACCAGCUAACUUGUGUACUAUUACAAAUAUAUACAUGAGACGAUGUAUAUCCCUGAUGAUUUUUCGAAAUUGAAAUUUGCCUAAUCCUAAAAUGUCUGUCCCAUAGAUGUUCAGAAAAUAGUGGAAAUGUGGCGUGCAAUACCUGCAUUGUCCACAGGGUGGAGCAACCAAACAGAUUAUUGUGAGAUUUUUCAUGGCGUUCAUGCCCAUGUUCAUGACAUUUCAACAAAAAUGUAUUAAGUACAAUUCAAUUAGAAUCAGAAAGUAAUAUUUUUGAGACCAUGUUCCUGAGUAAAAUUAUUUUGAUAAUUAAACUUUGUCAGCGCCAAAAAAA